UCAUGCUGGAUUAAGUGUGGCUGUCCGUCAGUCGGUGCUGAAAGUGCUCGUGGUUGCUUCUUGCGUAAAUGCGCGCGGGUACAAAGAACCUGGGGACAAUUCUAUUGAUAAUGAGUGCUUCUCCCCAACAUAUUCGUUGAAAGAGGAGAGCGCGCGACUGACCGCGCACUGAUGUCCACUGAAACCAGACAGAAAGGCUGAAAAUUAAUCAUUUUUUUCCCCGCAUGGAUAAUGUCUUAAUAUGGUGCCAAAAGUAGUGAUUUCUCGGAAACAGCAUUUCUAUGAAUAACACGCAUCUCGAUUAACCACUUUAUUUCUGUCGCGUUUGCUUUAAGCAUCUUGUCUCUCGAGACCUACAGUUAACCUAGUGACGCCCGCUCUUAAAUUGUGAUUAUUUGUGAAUUAGACCGCCUUGCUGGACAUCGCAGACUGCGCGGUAAAUGAAGGCGCUUAAUUCCGGAUAGUUGUGGAUAUAAAAGAAGAAAACAACUUGGACACAUCGUUAAUUUAUCUUAAAUCGUAUGGCUUGAAGGUUUCAGAUCCAGUCCCUGGCCUCAGCCAAUCACACACAGCCCAUGGAUUUCCUCGCAGAGUAUGCCUACAACGAGUCAUACUAUGGCAACGGGACAGAGUCAGCCAACUCCACGGAGUGCGAGGGGAAGCACCGGUACAACUACUAUGCCAUGCUCCUCACCCUGCUCAUCUUCGUCAUCGUCUUCGGCAACGUGCUGGUGUGCAUGGCGGUCUCCCGGGAGAAGGCUCUGCAGACCACCACCAACUACCUGAUAGUGAGCCUGGCGGUGGCAGAUCUGCUGGUGGCGACGCUGGUCAUGCCCUGGGUGGUGUACCUUGAGGUGGUGGGAGAGUGGCGGUUCAGCAGAAUCCACUGUGACAUCUUUGUUACGCUAGAUGUCAUGAUGUGUACUGCAAGCAUCCUGAAUCUCUGUGCCAUUAGCAUUGACAGAUACACAGCUGUUGCCAUGCCAAUGCUGUAUAACACACGCUACAGCUCCAAAAGAAGGGUUACUGUAAUGAUUUCUGUGGUCUGGGUCCUGUCAUUUGCCAUAUCCUGCCCCCUCUUGUUUGGAUUAAAUAAUACAGCCACCCGUGAAGACGCCCUCUGUGUAAUCGCCAACCCCGCCUUCGUGGUGUACUCCUCUAUCGUGUCCUUCUAUGUCCCCUUCAUCAUCACCUUGCUGGUUUACGUACAGAUCUACGUGGUGCUCCGGAAACGGCGGAAACGCGUGAACACCAAGCGCAGCACCCGGAGGACGGAUGCUGACGCUGCCACGAAGGAGAAGUGUACUAACGUGGAGGACGUGAAACUCUGCACUGUGAUUGUCAAGUCGAAUGGCAGCUUCACUCUAAAAAACAAGCAAGUGAUUCUGAUUCAGGAGGCUGUGCAGCACAGUAACCACAUGGAGCUGGACAUGAUGAGCAGCAACAGUCCCCUUGAGAAGAAAAAGCUGGCACCCGCGGCGAGCGGGCAACAUCUCUGCACACCCGGCUCCUCGAACCCGUGCCCGAGCUCGGCGCCCCCAUCCCCGGCGGUCAGCCGGGCCAACAGCGAGAACGGCCACGCGAGAGACGCGGACGCUCCCAAGACCGGCAAGGCCUUCGAGACCCAGGCACUGCCCAACGGCAAAACCCGCACCUCCGUCAAGACCCUGAACAAACGAAAGAUCUCUCAGCAGAAAGAGAAGAAAGCCACACAGAUGUUGGCUAUUGUUCUGGGUGUAUUUAUCAUUUGCUGGUUGCCGUUUUUCAUCACGCACAUUUUAAACACUCACUGCACAACCUGCAAGGUCUCCGUGGAGAUGUACAACGCUUUCACUUGGCUGGGAUACGUAAACAGCGCAGUCAACCCCAUCAUAUACACCACUUUCAACGUCGAGUUCAGAAAGGCUUUCAUUAAGAUACUGCACUGCUGAAGAAAAAAAAAUAUUCCUGAAGGGAACAUGGAAAGAGUGAGAGAGACAGAGAGAGAAACAGCCAUGCCUUUCCUGACAGCGCCUGCUCCGUUUUUGGAGUUUGGGUUUGUUAGCACGUCUCCAAUGCUUUGUUACCUUCACUUCGAAGAGGGAGUUCAAGCAAAUCCUUGAAACAGGAGAUACACGGGACCUUUUUUUUUUUUUUUUUUUUUUUUUUUUUUUAUACAAAGACAACAGUCUUUUGUCCUGCUUUAAACAGAAUGUAAAUUCAGCGGUCUCUGUGAUCUCAUUGGAAUGUAUAAUAGCCCAGGACCAGUCAAUUAAACAAAUUUGUUUGGCGUGCUACUCUGGUAAAGACCUGAGUGUGCUGGAUUUAAGGAAAAGGGGACCAGUAAUACUCACUAUCCACCCUAGUGCUGGAACCAGCCCAACACCAGCUGGGGCCAAUGCUGGCUCGUCGUCAACAUUAUGAUUGAUUGCUUUUUACAUUGCAUUACCGGUAUUGAACGCUGUUGUCUGCUCGGAUCAAGACGAAUGUCUGGACUUUGCUUACAAUCGUAGUUCUGGGUCUUUAUGUAGGAACCAAGUCCCGUAUUAACCCAUUUGUCUGCCAGCCUAGUGUUCCUGUUCAUUUGUUUUGUUUUGUUUUGUUGAUGACCUUUACAGUGUGCCCUUGUUGAGCUCUCCUCGGUGUUGAAUGCAGAAGCUAAUGGAACCUGUGGCUCUGCCCACAGCCUGCUUAUGGCAGACACAAUGAAGGCUACCAGGCUGUCAUGCAUUGAGUGCAAAAGACAACAUGAAAAACCCUCCUGAAAGUGCUACUAAGCAAGUCAGUAUUGUUCUUUCUGUACAGUGGAAAAAAGGGUAAAAUGAGUCAGAAUGGUUUCUGCACUGCAGUGAGAAUGGAAUAUAACAAGCUGCCCUGGUUCCAGCUCUAUCAUCAAAAAGAGGUGUAAAGAGCCAGGAUAUUUACAGCUCUGUAGUGGGAAAAGAGUAUAAAUGAGCCAGCCUGGUUCCAGCUCUAUAGUGAAAAGGGGUAUAAAUGAGCAAUGCUAUUUCCAGCUCUGCAUUGGGAAAGGAGUAUAAAUGAGCUAACCUGGUCCCAGCUCUACAGUGAAAAGGGGUAUAAAUGAGCUAGGCUAUUUCCCUCUCUACAGUGGGAAAGGAGUAUAAAUGACCCAGCCUGGUCCCAGCUGUAUAAUGAAAAGGGGUAUAAAUGAGCUAGGCUAUUUCCAGCUCUACAGUGGGAAAGGGAUAUAAAUGGUCCUAGUUCUACCAUGUGAAAGGGGUACAUGUGUUCAUUUGGUCAGUUUAAGACAUCAAUUUUUCUGACUAAAUUAACAAAAAGCACAACGUGAGAGGUUUAUACUGGAAUAGUCUGGGUUGGUGAGUAGGUGUGUGGGGGGCAGGGGAUUGGAGAAUUCUGGUUGGUUCUGUGUAAAUUUGUUUGAGAACAAGACAUUACCAACAUUAUAUGGAUUAAUAUGUCAAACCAUAUAUUUUACCAAAUACAUCCAAGAAAUACCAUGUGCAAAAAUGCAACAGAUUGUAAGCUUGGAAUUCAUGUAAUGCUUUAUUGAAAUAUAUGUAUGAAGCAAUCUUACCUCCUCAGAAAUGCUACAAAUCCACUAGGCAGGAGUAUGAAGUAUCUGUACACAUGUAAUAUUUAGAAAUACAUAAAAUGUAAAUAUUGCUAAGUAAUUUAAGCCCGUGACAAAAAUUUGAAUGCAUGUUACAUUUAUUGUUCAAAUUAAUUUUCAUAGUGUGUAUAUUCUUUGUUUGGUGUUAUUAUUAUAAAAGGUAACAACAAGGACUUACUUCUUCGUAUUUGAACUCUCUUGCACAGUAAAUGGAAUAUCAAUUUUCCUGCACACCAUAUACAUUUUAGAAAGUGGUUCUUUAAUCAUAUGUGUAUAUAAUACUGAAGUUAUGAAAUCAUCCACUUUGUUUUAAAAGUUGCACUUCACUUUAAAUAAAAUGCACUGCAUGUGUAGGCAAUCGUUCAAAUAAACAAGAUCAUUUAUGACAAAAAUGGAAACACUUUAGAAAUGGUGGACCAAGGAGCCAGUAUUGUACAGUUUAUAUGAGUGUUUUUUUUAUACUGGAGAAAACAGUGUCACCCUGUAUCAUUCUGUAUUUAAGGUAGAAAAAUGUUGAUUCUGUAUAAUGAAGCUCAGUAAAGCAUAUUCAAAACAGUAAAGCAUAUUUUGUGGGGUGGUGAGACAGGGUUGGUGGUCAGGAUGGUGGCAGUGUGUCCCAGCUGGUUUUUGUGGUUUCCUGUCAAUCAGCUGCCAAUUAAGGCCUUGAGAAGAAGGCAUGUGGAUUCUUUAGCCAAUCAAUGACUUGAAUGGACAAUUGGUGCCAAGAACACUCCGCAAACCAGUGGCCCUCCAGGAAACUGUGGCCCUCCAGGACUGGAAUUUGACACCUGUGAUAUAGAGAAUUAAUUCUUUUUCAGAAAGAGCAGAAGAGAAGAAAAAAAAUGUUCUUGUAUGAAAAAACUGAGUGUGCCUAUUACAGUGUAAGUAUUUUAAAAAUAAGGAUUUGAAAAAAAAAAAAACCAUCAAGAAUAAGACACAAGUGCAAUUCCAUUUAUUUAUGAAAUGUAAAAUGUUAUUUGUCAAAGUAUUUCACAAUUUGGUUAUUAAUGCUGGUUGCAAAUGGUUGCUGUAUUGGUCUAUAGCUGGUUCUAGGCAUUGGCGACAUAGGCGGUGGCAUCAUCCAUCUGGGGGGAAGGGAGGUGGCAAGAGUCUGCGAGAGGUAGCAAAUAAAGUCGAAAAAGUCUUGUGUUGUGUUCAUGAUAGUCAGUGAAGUCCCCCCAGUCCAUGAUUGCCACUUCCCCCUCAAAGCCGAGAUCGCGACCUUCACCCACCCUCCCCAUUCGAUCUCUUGCCUAGGACAAAAUAAAGGCUUGAGCCAUCCCUGACACCAAAUACUGAUUCAACGUCUUAUUUAUUUAUUUAUUUAUAUAUAUAUUUUUUUUAUAUGAAGCUACAUUCAAGAUCUUGGCCUGAGAGAAACUACUAAAGACGUUUAUAUUGCUAAAAUUAAUUUGGUGGAAUAAAUAUAUAUUGAUCCGUCAAUAUAUUAUUAUUAUAUUAUUUAUUAUAGUAAAUGUAAUAAGUGAGGUAAAACAUGAUUUUGAAUUUAAAUCGACUUACUACGUGUAUCACUUAAAUGUGUGUUUUGUACUGAUGUCUUGUCUCUGCCACAGUGCACUAAUCUAUAGAUGGUGGUUCUGUUCACCUUGUGCUAUCUUCACCACACAAAACUGAUGCUUCCAAUAAUGAAGCUUUGUAUUGUAACAAAAUAUGUGUUCAUACUAUGAUACACAACAUAUAUAUAAUAUAUAUUUUGUAAUACUUCUUGUAAAUACCAAACUAAUGAAUAUGAAUAAAUGUCAUACUGUAUAAUGUAGUUUGUGUGUUGAAACAUUUCUACAAUGAACACACUGACUUCUACCUUAAAUUUGCUUCACGUUGUUAAUAAAUAUUUUGGGUUGAGUA